GGUUAAGUAUCCCUUAAAAGGAAAAUCAACCUUCAUAUUUUAACAGGCUAGACCCAACAGUAAUUAAAAUAUGGCUAGGUGAGCUUUUGUUUUUUUAAACGGGAAUUUUGAUUGAAUGUACAUUAUAUAUACAAAAUGUACUAAAAUAGGUUUUUGCGGCCAAUUUCAGACUUUUGUCAUUCAAAUUCAUAUUCCGAGCAUUUGAAUUCGUGCAAUUCGCACUCGCAGCGUUGAAUCAGCUUUCAAAUUCAAAAUCCGUCAUUCAAAUUCACUAUCCGUGCAAUGAAGUGUCAUAUCACUGGAUCCAAAAUGACAGUCGGUUGCUUCAUCCUUUCAACUCAUCAAAUAUUGUACAAAUAUCACACUUUUCGUGGCAUAUUCAAAAUAUAUAAAUGCACAUACCAAGAUAUGCCUAAGAUAAGACAAUUUCAAAAGUUUUGUUUAUUUGGUGGUGGAAUCGGUGUUAUGUCUGAGUAUUGUAAAAUUGUGUAUGCUGUUCUUAGGAUGGGUGAAGUAUACUUGUUCUUGUAGGGGGUGUUAUCCUUUUUUUUUCAUGGAAAACUGAUGUAUUGUCAUGACCUGAUAAUCAAUAUUUAGCAAUUUUAUGUGAGUAAAAUCACCCAAAUUUCAAACAAUCAUGUGUGCAUGCUUCCGCGCAGUGUUGGCAUGCCGUUUUAUUUUCGAUUCAUAGUGCCACUUAGGAAAUUACUGAUUUAUUCCAAAAAUUAGUGAUUUUGAGCCUUGUGAUUACUGAUUUUCUGUUCUGGAGGUUGGCAGCUCUGUUUGUAUUGUUCCCAUGUUCUCAAACAUGCAUAGCCUAGGCUUUUACGUUGAUAUGUUUUACAGUAUGUAAUAAUCAAUAUUAAAUUAAUGUUUUUCUGAUAAUUUUCAUGCAGUGCAAGUAAAUCAUACGUAAGCUUACGUUUGCAAUUUGUUUGAGGCUGUUAUCAGUUCACUUGGAUGUUUGAUGGCUGUCUCCUUCUCAUUCACCUUCAUCUCGACAUCCAUCAAGGUUGAUUUUGCCUUCUCUGAUGAGGUGUGAAGAGUUGGACAAUGGACAAGACAAUAAACACCCACAUAUAACAUCAUGCAGUGGAGAGAAGUCCCAUCUGUGUUUACAUUGCAAGUUGGACAAUGGACAAGACAAUAUACACCCACAUAUAACAGCAUGCAGUGGAGAGGAGACCCAUCUGUGUUUACAUUGCAGUAAGACAUUUACAGAUGAGAACACUCUUAUACUACAUCGGAAAACACACCAGGUCGACUAUGAGCUUACUAGCCACCUUGGAACACAUACUGGAGAGAAAGCCUUCAAGUAUUCCCAGUGUGAUAAGGAUAAGGGUUUUUCUCAUAGAAGAACCCUUAAUAGCCAUUUAAGAACACACAGUGGAGAGAAACCUUUCAAUUGUUCCCAGUGUGAUAAGGGAUUUUCCCAUAAAAGUACCCUUCGUAGACAUUUUAGAACACACAGUGGAGAAAAGCCUCAUCAAUGCUCCAAUUGUAAUAGGACAUUUUCUUACAAGACUAGUCUUACUCGUCAUCUUAGAACACAUACAGGGGAGAAACCAUUUAAGUGUUACCAGUGUGAUACAGCUUUUCCUCGAAGAGGAACCCUUAAUAGCCAUUUAAGAACACACAGUGGAGAGAAACCUUUCAAGUGUUCCCAGUGUGAUAAGGCAUUUUCCCAUAAAUGUACCCUUCGUAGACAUUUCAGAACACACAGUGGAGAAAAGCCUCAUCAAUGUUUCCAUUGUAUUAAGAAAUUUUCUUACAAGACUAGUCUUUCUACCCACCUUAGAAUACAUACAGGAGAGAAACCCUUUAAAUGUUCCCAGUGUGAUGAGGGUUUUCCCUAUAAAAGUAACCUUAUUAGACAUAUAAGAACACACAACCUUAAGGGAAAGCCUCAACGAGGUUCCCAUUGUGAUAAGAUGUUUUAUCAAAAGAAUGAGCUUACUAGCCACCUUAGAACACAUACACGAGAGAAACCAUUUAAGUGUUCCCAGUGUGAUAAGGAUUUUACUUGCCAAAGUAAUCUAGGAAAGCAUCUAAGGACGCAUACAGGAGAAAAGCCUUUUCACUGUUCCCAUUGUGAAAAGGGUUUUUCUGAAAGAAGUACCCUUAUUAGACACCUUAGAACACAUACAGGAGAGAAACCCUUUAAGUGUUCCCAGUGUGAUAAGGUUUUUACUCGCCCAAGUUAUCUUACCACCCAUUUAAGAACACACAGUGGAGAAAAAGAGCCGUAUCAAUGUCCCCAUUGUGAUAAAGGAUUUUCUGAAAAGAAUAAUUUUACAUGUCACCUUAGAACACAUACAGGAGAGAAACCAUUUAAGUGUUCUCAGUGUGAUACAGGUUUUGCUCAAAGAGGUACCCUUGUUAAACAUUUAAGAACACACAGUGGAGAAAAACCUCAUCAAUGUUCAUAUUGUGAUAAAGGAUUUUCUGAAAAGAAUAAUCUUACACGUCACCUUAGAACACACACAGGAGAGAAACCAUUUAAGUGUUCCCAGUGUGAUGAGGGUUUUUCCCAUAAAACUUCCCUUAGUAGACAUUUAAGAUCACACAGCCUGACUGAAAAGCCUCUACAAUGUUCCCAUUGUGAUAAGACAUUUUCUCAAAAGAAUGAGCUGACUAGCCACCUUAGAACACAUACAGGAGAGAAACCAGUUAAGUGUUCCCAGUGUGAUAAGGGUUUUUCUCAAAGAAGUCACUUUACUAGACAUUUAAGAACACACAGUGGAGAAAAACCUUUCAAAUGUUUCCAUUGUGAUAAAGGUUUUUUUUCAAAGUAGUACCCUUAUACGCCAUUUAAGAACACACAGUGGACAAAAGCCUCAUUGAUGUUCUCAUUGUGAUAAGAUUUUUUCUGAACUAGGUGAUCGUAAUCAUAGUAUUAGGACACAUACACAAUGUACAUGUACUAGAAAAAAAUAACAUAAAAAUGUCUCAAUUAUAUUAUGAGAUUUUCUUAUCACAGGGAUGUUAUUAGCUAGCUUAGAUAACAUUCAGGUAGGAAACCCUUUAAUGUUCUUAGUGUGUGUACAGAUUUUUCUGAAAAAAGGUCAUCUUACCUGUCAUGUGAGGACACACACUAGGGAAAACCUUAUGAAUGUCAUGAUUGUAGUAUAACAUUUUCUUAUAAAAGGGAUUUUACUACAGGAGAGAGUGUUCCUAAAAAAUAAGGAAUUUUCUCGUAAAAGUGAGCUCACAAGGCAUAUAAGAACACACCCUAUAAAUGUUAAGAUUGUGAUAAAGGUUUUUCUCAAAGAGGUACCCUUAUUAAACAUUUAAGAACACACCGUGGAGAAAAACCUUACCAAUGUUCAUAUUGUGAUAAAGGAUUUUCCGAAAAGAAUAAUCUUACACAUCACCUUAAAAUACAAACAGGAGAGAAACUAUUUAAGUGUUCCCAGUGUAAUGAGGGUUUUCCCCAUAAAACUUCUCUCAGUGGACAUUUAAGAUCACACAGCCUGACUGAAAAGCCUCUACAAUGUUCCCAUUGUGAAAAACCUUUCAAAUGUUCCCAUUGUGAUAAAGGUUUUUCUCAAAGUAGUACCCUUAUACGCCAUUUAAGAACACACAGUGGAGAUAUGCCUCAUUGAUGUUCCCAUUGUGAUAAGAUUUUUCUCAACUAGGUGAUCGUAAUCAUAGUAUUAGGACACAUACACAAUGUACAUGUACUAGAAAAAAUAACAUAAAAAUGUCUCGAUUAUAAUAUGAGAUUUUUCUUAUCAAAGGGAUGUUAUUAGCUAGCUUAGAUAACAUUCAGGUGGGAAACCCUUUAAUUUUCUUAGUGUGUGUACAGGUUUUUCUGAAAAAGGUCAUCUUACCUGUCAUGUACGUGAGGACACACACUAGGGAAAACCUUAUGAAUGUCAUGAUUGUAAUAUAACAUUUUCUUAUAAAUGGGAUGUUGCUACAGGAGAGCGUGUUCCUAAAAAAUAAGGAAUUUUCUCAUAAAAGUGAGCUCACAAGGCAUAUAAGAACACACCCUAUAAAUUGUAAGUUUGUGAUAAAGGUUUAUCUCAAAGUAGUACCCUUACACGUCAUUUAAGUACACACAGAGGAGAAAAGCCUCAUUAAUGUUCCCAUUGUGAUAAGAUUUUUCUCAACUAGGUGAUCGUAAUCAUAGUAUUAGGACACAUACAUGUACUAGAAAAAAUAACUUAAAAAUGUCUCAAUUAUAAUAUGAGAUUUUUCUUAUCAAAGGAUGUUAUUAGCUAGCUUAGAUAACAUUCAGGUGGGAAACCCUUUAAUGUUCUUAGUGUGAGUACAGGUUUUUCUGAAAAAAGGUCAUCUUACCUGUCAUGUGAGGACACACACUAGGGAAAACCUUAUGAAUGUCAUGAUUGUAAUAUAACAUUUUCUUAUCAAUGGGAUGUUACUACAGGAGAGAGUGUUCCUAAAAAAUAAGGAAUUUUCUCAUAAAAGUGAGCUCACAAGGCAUAUAAGAACACACCCUGUAAAUGUUAGGAUUGUUUUAAGAGAUUUUCUUUUAACAGUAAUCUUACUAGUUAUCUGAAAAUACAUACUGGAGAAAAGCCAUUGAAAUGUUGACUUUGUUCUGAAAGGGAUUUUAUCGUUUAUACAGUGCAUGAUCUUGAUAAUUGCCUGAUAACACACAGAGUAGAAAUGUCACAUAUAUGUCUUAAAAGUAAUAAAGGGAUUUUGUUGUAUAAGUGGUCUUUAUAAUAAUAUAAUCCUAGGUUUAUAUAUUGCUUCAAAUCUGAAUGCAUAAAAAAGCAGUUUGUGAAGGACAUUUACAUAAUAAUGAGUGGUACAUUAUGAAAUAUAGCUUACAGAAUACAUUGAAGAUAACAUUGAUAACAAUUUUUACAUACUUGUUUUGCCAUUUCAAUGUA